AUGCAAAUCUCCCUAUACCUGUUCCCUAGCUUCAGCAAAGCCGCACUUGCUUCGAUUUGCUUCUUGACCGGCGCUGCCAUGGAAGCUUUCAUGAUCAAGACUGGUUUUUAUGACAAGGUGACCGCGAUAGAGGCGCAGCGGCGGAUAGAAUUGCGAGAACGCAGUACGGACCAACCUAAGCACUGGAGUCAGACUUUGUGGCCUUCGGACGAGCAAUCUAGCUCUAAGUAA